CCAAUCCAAAACCCUCGCAAAACCCCCCUCCCAAUGUCGCAGUAGUGGCUGCUCCGCCGCCGCAACAGCAGCCGCGUCCUCCGCCGUCCCGAUGGCUCUCUCGGCGGCGCUCCGGCUGCCGCUCCCGCGCCUCCUGCUCGGCCCCACGGCCUCCCUCCUCGCGGCGGCCUCCCGCCGCCGCACCGCGGUCGUCGCCGUGCCCGCUGCCCGGUUGCUCUCUUCAUCAUCAUCCUCCUCCUCUUCCUCCUCGCGGACGGUGAAUCCCACACGCGCGGCCCGUGAUGAGCGCGCGGCGGCGGGUGAGGACGGGGUGGCGGUGAAGGAGCGGGUGGUGCCCGUGGAGCUCCAUAAGGAGGCCACCGAGGCGUACAUGGCAUACGCCAUGUCGGUGCUGCUCGGCCGCGCGCUCCCCGACGUCCGCGAUGGGCUCAAGCCAGUGCACCGCAGGAUACUUUAUGCUAUGCAUGAGAUGGGUCUUGCAUCCCGCAGACCAUUCAGAAAAUGUGCACGAGUUGUUGGUGAGGUGCUAGGUAAGUUCCAUCCACACGGAGAUUCAGCGGUAUAUGAUAGCUUAGUGCGGAUGGCUCAGGACUUCUCAAUGAGGUACCCACUUGUUCAAGGUCAUGGAAAUUUUGGUUCAAUAGAUGCUGAUCCUCCUGCGGCAAUGCGAUAUACAGAGUGCCGCUUGGAUUCAUUAACAGAAGCCAUGUUCCUGACUGAUCUGGAGUUGAAUACAGUUGACUUCACCCCAAACUUUGACAAUUCACAGAAAGAACCUUCUCUGUUGCCAGCUCGUGUUCCAUCUCUACUGUUGAAUGGAUCUUCUGGAAUUGCAGUUGGAAUGGCAACAAAUAUUCCUCCUCAUAAUCUGGGUGAACUUGUUGACGUGCUCUCUGUUAUGAUUGAAAACCCUGAAGCUACGCUUCAAGAACUACUAGAAUGCAUGCCUGGACCUGACUUCCCUACAGGAGGGACAAUUGUAGGAAAUCAAGGUAUUUUGGAGGCCUAUAAGACUGGGCGUGGCCGAGUCGUUGUUAGAGGCAAAACUGACAUUGAAACAAUUGAUGUGAAAAGCAAACGCUCUGCUAUUAUAAUUAAAGAGAUUCCGUACCAAACAAAUAAAGCUACUCUUGUUGAAAGGAUAGCUGAGCUUGCUGAAGAAAAGGUACUAGAAGGCAUCAGUGAUAUUCGGGAUGAAAGUGAUCGCUCUGGAAUGCGUGUAGUAAUAGAGCUGAAAAGAGGCGCAGAUCCUGCCAUAGUCCUCAACAACUUAUACCGUCAUACAGCUCUGCAAUCUAGUUUUAGCUGCAACAUGGUAGCUAUCCUUGAUGGGCAGCCAAAAUUGAUGGGACUAAAGGAAAUUAUUCAGGCAUUCAUUGACUUCAGAUGUUCUGUUAUUGAAAGGCGUGCAAGAUUUAAGCUUUCACAUGCCCUGGAAAGAAAACAUAUCGUUGAGGGCAUUGUUGUUGGUCUUGACAAUUUGGAUUCUGUUAUCCAAAUAAUAAGAGGAACAUCGAAUCAUGCAAUGGCAACAGAAUCUUUAAUCAAGGAAUUUGGUCUGUCUGACAAGCAAGCAGAAGCCCUGUUGGAUAUAACACUAAGGAAACUUACAUCCCUUGAGAGGAAAAAAUUUAUUGAUGAAGCAAAUUCUUUGUCAGAGGAAAUCUCCAAGUUAAAUGAGCUCCUGUCUAGCAAGAAGCUUAUUUUUCAGCUUAUUGUACAAGAAGCAACCGAUUUAAAGAACAAGUUUACUACUCCACGGCGUUCUUUCAUAGAAGAUUCAGCAAGCAUUGAAGUUGAUGAUCUUGAUAUUAUUCCUAAUGAGGAAAUGCUUUUGAUUCUUAGUGAGAAGGGCUAUGUUAAGCGUAUGAAACCCAAUACCUUCAAUUUACAACACCGGGGAACAAUCGGAAAAUCUGUUGGAAAGAUGCGAAUGAAUGACAGUACAUCUGAUUUCAUUGCCUGCCAAACACACGAUCAUGUCCUUUAUUUCAGUGACAAGGGAAUAGUAUACUCAGCACGUGCUUAUAAGAUACCUGAAUGCACAAGAAUUGCUGCUGGCACUCCACUAGUACAGCUACUUUCUUUGUCCGACGGGGAGAGAAUAACCUCCAUCAUACCUGUAAGUGAAUUUGGUGAAGAUCAGUAUCUAAUGAUGCUGACCGUUAACGGUUAUAUCAAGAAAGUUCCUCUUAAUGCUUUCUCAGCAAUCAGGACUUCUGGGAUCAUUUCAAUACAACUGGUUCCUGGUGAUGAACUGAAGUGGGUUCGUCGUUGUGGGAAUGAUGACCUUGUUGCUUUGGCUUCACAAAAUGGGAUGGUUAUAGUUAACUCAUGCAACAAGCUUCGCUCACUUGGAAGGAAAACAAGGGGUGUCAUGGCAAUGAAGCUAAGAGAAGGCGACAAGAUGGCAUCCAUGGAUAUAAUUCCAGCAACAUCACACAACAUGCCUGAAACUUACAAUAGCAGAGUCAGAGAUUUGAGUCCUCCCUGGCUGCUUUUCAUAGCUGAUAAUGGUAUGGGGAAGCGUGUGCCUCUAAAUGCAUUCCGGCGAUCAAAUUUCAACAGAAUAGGCAUGCAAGGCUACAAGCUUCCACCAGAAUGCAGCUUAGCUGCUGUAUUUGUUGUUGGGUUCUCACUGACUGAUGAUGGUCAAAGUGACGAACAGGUGGUUUUAGUUAGCCAGAGUGGCACUGCAAACAGAAUCAAGGUUAAAGAUGUAUCCAUCCAGUCUCGUUCCGCAAGGGGAGUCAUUCUAAUGAGGCUAGAGCAUGGUGGGAAGAUCCAGUCAGCCUCGCUAAUAUCAGCAGCAGAAGAGGAAGAAGAGCAGGACCCGGAGGAUCAAAUCGCAGCCUAGGCGAGGCGAAUGUAGUCAUCUAUUGAAGGCCUGCUGAUCGAGCGCAGGUCAGGGAUGCAAAUUUUGGUGCGGCUCGGUGAUCACGCAAGAUUCAUGCCACGCGGAAGCACACUGCUGAUUUAGACAGAACCCCAGACCCCAGUUGGCAUUAACACAUGUUUAGACAAAACACUAGACCCCAGUUGGCAUUAACACAUGUCUUAGAGAAGUAGGAUUUCCCUGGCAGAACCCAUUCGUUGUUAGCAAUGAAGCGGCAGAACCCAUUCGUUGUUAGCAAUGAGGCUGCAUCUAUCCUGCCAUGAUUAGUUUUGUGUGCGUUAACGAUGGGUUGCUGCUGGACUGAAUUGGUGUGCUUCUGUGUUUGAUAUUAUCUGAUUCUUGCGCAUCCGCUGUUGCGUUGGUGACAGUGUAACAUGGCCUUCUUUCUAUGUUUGCCCGUAUUGCUCGGUAGCCUCGU